CGACUCCAAGAGCUGCCUAGCCAACUUCCACUCCACUCGACGACCUCCCACCCCCGCUCCCGCGGGGCCCUCCGCCUCGCCCUGCUCCCAUGGCGAGGCCACGCGCGGCCGCUGAGGUGGUGGUGGCGGUGGUGGUCGCCGCGUGGGCGCUCGCCGCCGCCGGGGACCCGCCGCUGUCGCCCAAGGGGCUCAACUACGAAGUGGCGGCGCUGAUGGCGGUGAAGAGCCGGAUGCGGGACGAGAAGGGGGUGAUGGGAGGGUGGGACAUCAACUCCGUCGACCCCUGCACGUGGUCCAUGGUCGCCUGCUCCCCCGACGGAUUCGUCGUCUCGCUGCAGAUGGCGAACAACGGAUUGGCGGGGACGCUGUCGCCGAGCAUCGGGAACCUCAGCCACCUGCAGACAAUGUUACUACAGAAUAACAGGGUAUCGGGUAAUAUUCCCCCAGAGGUAGGGAAGCUGACCAAUCUGAAAGCUCUUGAUCUUUCUGGUAACCAGUUUGUUGGUGAAAUCCCAAGUUCUCUAGGCCAGCUGACUGAACUAAAUUAUCUGCGCCUUGAUAAGAACAACCUGUCUGGACAGAUUCCUGAAGAUGUUGCAAAGCUUCCAGGUCUCACAUUCCUUGACUUAUCAUCGAACAAUUUGAGCGGCCCAGUUCCAAAAAUCUAUGCACAUGACUAUAGUCUUGCGGGAAACAGGUUCCUUUGCAAUUCAUCAAUUCUCCAUGGUUGCAAAGAUCUCACUGUAUUAACUAAUGAAUCAACAGUUUCUAGUCCGUCGAGAAAAACAAACAGACGACAUCAACUAGCUCUGGCAAUUUCCUUAAGCAUCAUCUGUGCCACAAUAUUUGUUCUGUUCGUCAUCUGUUGGCUAAAUUAUUGCAGAUGGCGCUUGCCUUUUGCUUCUGCUGACCAAGAUCUUGAAAUUGAAUUGGGCCAUCUAAAGCACUUCUCAUUUCACGAACUUCAAAGUGCAACAGACAAUUUUAACUCGAAGAACAUAUUAGGCCAAGGUGGCUUUGGUGUUGUUUAUAAAGGCUGUCUGAGAAAUGGAACUUUGGUGGCUGUAAAGAGACUAAAAGAUCCUGAUGCUACUGGUGAAGUUCAAUUCCAGACAGAAGUUGAGUUGAUUGGUCUCGCUGUGCAUAGGAAUCUUUUGCGCUUAUAUGGAUUCUGCAUGACCUCAAAAGAAAGGUUGCUUGUAUAUCCAUAUAUGCCAAAUGGUAGUGUUGCCGACCGAUUGAGAGAUUACCAUCAUGGAAAACCGUCUCUUGAUUGGUGCAAACGUAUGCGGAUUGCUGUUGGGGCUGCCAGGGGACUGUUGUAUCUUCAUGAACAAUGCAAUCCUAAAAUCAUUCAUAGGGAUGUUAAAGCAGCUAACAUUUUGCUUGAUGAAGGUUUUGAGGCGAUUGUUGGGGAUUUUGGAUUGGCGAAACUUCUUGACCGACAAGAAUCACAUGUUACUACUGCAGUUCGGGGCACUAUUGGACAUAUUGCUCCGGAGUAUUUAUCAACAGGACAGUCUUCAGAAAAGACCGAUGUUUAUGGAUUUGGUAUUCUACUGUUGGAACUGAUUACUGGGCCUAAAACCUUGAGCAAUGGGCAUGGCCAAUCUCAGAAAGGGAUGAUUCUAGAUUGGGUUAGAGAAGUCAAGGAAGAAAAGAAACUGGACAAACUGGUUGACAGGGAUCUGAAGGAUUCGUUUGAUUUCACUGAGUUGGAGUGUUCUGUUGACGUAAUUCUGCAAUGCACUCAGACUAAUCCCAUUUUGCGUCCCAAGAUGUCGGAAGUCCUUAAUGCCCUUGAAGCGAAUGUCACCCUGCCAGAGAGCGGCGUAGAGUUGAACAGAGAAGCGCCGCCCAAUGGGGGCUCUUGUAGUUUCUCUGUAAGGCAUGAGGAUCCUCAUGAUUCAUCAUCCUUCAUAAUAGAGCCAAUUGAGCUAUCUGGUCCCAGAUGAUCGCAAUUGUACAUCAGGGGAGACAGAAAACACAAAUGAAACGGUGACAAUUGUACAAAACGUGUAUAGUCUGGAAUCUGGAUGUAGUUUACACUUGAAAUUGCAUGUAGCUUGCUAGGGUUGCAAACCUGCUAUGCCUUGCUGACCAUUUUGAACUAACAACUAGAAAGAUCA